GGAAAUGUGAUAGCACUCAAGCCAUGGAAACCGCGCCUCGCUGCAAAAACUUCAAUAUGGCGUGAAGAUGUGGAUUGCGGAAAAAGCAGUGUAUCAGUUGCAAAAAAGAAACACUUUCCAUGAGGGGUUUUCAAGAGUUAAUUGCUGUUUUAGAUUUUGGUGAGGUAAAGGACACGGACAGCCUAUUGGGGUGACCUGGCGAGAUUCGUAAUGCGCAAAAUUCACUCAGCGUCAUGUUCCCUCCUUUUGUUGCUCAUCGUGGGUUCGAUGGGCCCCACCUGGCAAGAGAAAGUUAAAAACAAAGGAAGUUAUAGUGUUCCUUUGAGGCGAACGAAACGAGAUCUACGAGAUAGCCGAGGGAAUCCAACUGAAAAUUUGAAAGGACGGCCUGGGCAAGGAUAUUACAUAUCGACGGAUCUUGGGAGCCCCCCUCUGAGAGUGAGUAAAGGAGAUUUAUGAUUAUAUUGAGUGUCAUGAGUCCGGAACAACAGCCUCUUUCUUGAGAAGUGUGAAAUUCCCGUUUUUUACUCUAUUUUUGACAAGAAAUCUGCUUUCACUUGUUCUGCACGCCUUUCACGUUCGUAACAUUUGAAAUCUUGGCCUUAGCUUUGCCACCGAACGAGCUUCAGGCUCUUAUUUGCAUGUGAAAGUCAUCAACUUUAAUUAAUGAAGCUUUAUCGAUAGCCUUUCCGAUUUCAGCUUAAUUUUUCUUAUUUUUAGCAAAAACUGUCAUUGGAAAAUUUCAGUAAAUAGAAAAGAGUGAUGAAGCAGCUUGCGUCUUUAUCAUUUUCAGUUUACCAUUUGAUUGGAAAAAGUUCAGAACUAAGCAACAUUAUGACGGAGAAAUUCAUAUUUCUCUCUCGUGAUCAAAUUUGAAGACUGAUUUAUUUCUGGGAAGAUAACCUUGGUGCAUUUUUCAAAAUCGUUUGUUAUCAAGUUUCCUUUUUGUUGCAAUUGUAAAAGCAAAUUUGCGAUUAAGGUUGUUUGGAACAUUUACGGGUGAUAGCAGACUUGAAUAGGUUCCCCCGUAUUUACACGAAUAGACGUGCAAAGGCCAGUUACUCAAUAUUGCACUUUCUAUUCUCGUGCAAAAUGAGUUGGAAUAUUGUUUCGUAAGGAUGAAGAAUUGUAAAGUAUCAUGAAAUACGUGAGUGACAUUUAUGACCAGUAUUGCGCUUCCAGUUUCGGUAUGAUUUUGAGUAUAAGAGUGUCGUAUCAGCUGGGGUAUUUCGUUACAACAUGAAAUAAAGGGAUUCCACACGAAAAUAUAAACAGAUGUAGCGUUAGAAUUUUUUGAGAUCAAGUCAUGAUAUAUUUUUCUUCCAGGAAAAAUAUUAGGUUAGCAUAAUUAUGUAGUUUUAUUUUCUUAUGAAAACAUGAGGGGAUCUCUCUGUAGUUAACAGAGCUCAGAUGAAGUAAAACAAAAGUACAAAAGCCAAAACGAAGGAUUGAAUGGAUUAAAAACUAAUCCCAAUCAAACAGAACAGAAAUAGUGGUUAAUGGUUUUAGAUAAAUCACACCGCCAUUGACUUUGCAGUGUUACCUCAGGCCAAAACAAGAAGUCAGUCUGAAAAUUCAUUUUAAUUUAUAAAAUUAUACAUUUCUGUUCCAACACAGAAAAAUAAUAUUACAAUAUUUAGAGCAGUUUGGGCAUACAGAAGGUUUGUAGGAUACUGCCAUCGACUUUGGCAAUUCAUUCCUUCCUCCAUAUCUUAAUCAUGAGAUUUCAUUUAGUGUCACCAUGUUCCAAAGUGUACUCAAAAGUUAACUUGAUAAUUGGAGUAGCAAAAGGGGGGGAAGGGGGGACAUGUGGUGAUUCCAGUUAAUGUACAAUGUUUACAAAGUUCACAUGUCCCAUCCUUGGUAGAAUCUUACAGAAUUUCUAUGUGGGCAAUCAGAUAGGAAAUCACUAGGUGGCAGAAUGAUCAUCCAAAUGUUAACCAAUAUUGUCCUAAAAUCUUUUCAGAUAAAUGUCCUUGUUGAUACCGGAAGUAGUAAUUUUGCAGUCGCAGCAUCUCCACAUCCAUAUCUCCCCUUCUACUUUCAUACUGACAAGUAAGUAAUGCUUAUAUCAUCUUCAUGUUAUGUUUUUGGAGGAUGAAUAUACUCAAUACCUAUGUUUAUUCUAUGUUUAAUCUCUGUAACAUAUGACUUCCUAAGUGUCUAAGUUCUUAGAUUGGAGUUCAGUGACCAAAGUUGCCAUUAGCCAUAAAGAGGUGAAAAUAAUAUUUCAAAGUUAAAGUUAACCUGGGCAUUGUAUAUGAAGGGGGAGAGGGAAGGGUGCAGGAGGGGUUUAUGGAAGACAUAUACAAAAUCUUGGCUAAAAGUUAGAAGUCAACUAAGACUCUUUGCUAAUGCCCUUAAAACAAAUGCUGUUAUAUUCUAAUAAUUGCUGGUACCAUGCAGUUCUGACAGUAAAAUUUAUUUGAAAGGAAGGUGUAAGGUAAGUGAAAACUUGCAAGUUAAAUGUAACAAAUAUGUCAUAUUUGAAACAUUUUUACAGGUCAACUUCAUAUCAAGAUCAAAACAGACGUGUAGCAGUUCCAUAUACACAGGGAAACUGGGAAGGAGAGCUAGGAUCUGAUUUGCUACGGUUUGUUGAAGGACCAAAUGCUACUGUUCGUGUCAAUGUUGCAGCCAUUCAGUCUUCAGAGAAUUUUUAUAUCAAUGGUUCUAUGUGGGAAGGAAUCCUGGGACUUGGCUAUGCAAGAUUAUCAAAGGUUAGAGAUUUGAUUCUUUGUUGUUCUUACAGAAUACUUUGUUAGUUUGUGCAGCAUCAAUAAGAAAUCUUCAAUACUGCUGAUGGACACAUAGUCAGUGGCAUCUUUGUAUUAAGUGGAGGUGAUUAGGUUGAGUCUUAUCUUUCCCUUUACACUCCUUUGUUACAGUUAUUCAAAUGUGAAUUAGAGCUGAGUAGACCUAAAGUAUUUUUCUUUGGUGUAAAUAUGGGAUAUCAUGAUAAAUUAGCUAACUCUGUGUUUCUUCCCAGCCCGACUCAAGUGUACUGCCAGUGUUUGAUCAGUUUGUUAAUGCUGGAGUUGUCAAGGAUUCUUUCUCGAUGCAGUUGUGUGGCAGUAGUGAAAUUGACCUUUCUUCUGAGCCUACUGUUGCUGGAACAAUGGUAAGUUUUAAAUGGAAUUUAAAACAAUUCUGUUCUAAAUGUAACUUUUCUCCUCUGUGGAUUUCUUUUUGGUCAAGAAUGUCCUUUCAAUUUGUUUCUUGUGUAACAGGUUUUUGGGGAAGUUGAUAAUGAGUUGUAUGAGGGUGAUCUUCUCUUCACUCCAGUGGUAAAGAAAUGGUACUAUGAAGUUGUCAUAACUGACAUAGCAGUUGGUGGGGAAAGUUUGGCCCUGGAUUGUAAAAAGGUAGGAAUGAAAUAAUAUUUGCUUAAGGUGUUAGAUUCUUUUGUUGCACUGUCUUAAACCUAUCAAUAACUGCAGAUCAGCUACUUAGAGAAUAACUCAUCUGGUGAUGUCAAGGACUCCCUGGAUGUCUUUUUGGGGGUAUCUUGUUUAUGAGUAAAUUAAAAGCGAUGCAGCUUCAGCAGUUUAUGUUCACCUGGCAAUGCUGGGUAACCAAAUUUGGAAGCAUUUCCCUGAUUUUUUUUCCUGUCUGUCAUAUGCUUUAUUAAUGCAAAACACAUUUCUUUCAGUACAAUUAUGACAAGACAAUAGUGGACAGUGGAACAACAAACUUAAGAGUUUCAGAAGAAGUCUUUGAUGCUAUUCUUGAUAGACUCAAAAAAUUUGACAAGGUGAGGUUAUUUGAUGUGUUCUUAUUAGAAGGCUCAACAAAACAAGUUUUUCUUCUUAAAAUGGAGAAUUAUUGUUGAACUCUUUUCAUGUAAUUUGAAAUUUUGCAGCUGGGUGUACCAGAUGAGUUUUGGAUUGGUCGACAGAUGAUGUGUUGGAAUUAUGACAAGACUCCUUGGGAGGAGUUUCCAGAUAUGUCCAUUUCACUUCUUUCCACCAUUAGUAAUUCCAAGGAAUUCAGGCUCAAGAUACCUCCCCAGGUAAAUAAAAGUUUUUGGUUACAUUUGAUACUAAACCUGGUAAUCAGAGCCAGCUCCUAAACCACAGGUCUCCUUUUUUUCAGUGGUAUAGUUUCUGACUUUUUAUGUUAUCAUAAGUGAUGAUGAUCUUUCUUACAUUUUACAACACUUACCUACGAAACUGUUUUUUUACAGCUUUAUCUAAGAGAGACAAUCGAACGUGGUCCUCUUCCUGGACAACACUGUUAUAAGUUUGCUAUAACUAAAGCUGACAAAGGUAAAUAACAGUUUUAGGUAGUUUUCUUUAUCAUUUUGGUUAUUUAUAACUAUGUUCAUCAAUCAGUUGUUGUUACUCAUUGUUUGUUUGCUUGUUUCCUUAUGUCAUUUCAGGAACAGUGAUAGGUGCAGUAAUCAUGGAGGGAUUUUAUGUUGUCUUUGAUAGAGAAAAUGUCCAGGUUGGCUUUGCAGCUACAACUUGUGGAGGUAUCAAUUAAUUAUGGUUCAUAUGUUUCCUAGGUUAUAAAAGCUAAGUUUUUCAUUUGUCUCACAAUGUAGUCAUGUGUGAUGUAGAUUGUGACGUUUCGACUGCAUACUGCUAGUCUUCAGGCGAUGAGGUCAACUGGUCAUGUGUGAUCUUAUAAAGCAUGAUGCUAUGCUGUGGUUAGUUGUUUUUCUACAGCUCUGAUUGGUGCAUUUCGAUCCUUGCUGAUCUGUGAUUUGCUCCCUCGGCGGUUCGCUGUCGCACGGCUCUCCUGUUGUUGUGCUUUUUGAUUGUGGGCAUCCACGCUUCUGGAAUUUCUAUUCCACUAUCCCUGUUGAUGUUGUUAGGGUGAAGUCUUGUGUGAAUUGCCUGUUUGACCCUGCGCGUGUAGUAGUAAGGGUCAUGUGUUUCAGAUUUUGAUAGUGAAUAAAACACAAGAAAAAUAAAAACUGGUUUGCAAAAUUUUACACCCCCAAGGAAAAAGUGGAACAACACAUGUGACUGCUUGAAUAUCUCAUUCUGGCAUCAAUAACUGUUUGUGUAAAUAGAAUUAAAGAAGAGGUAAGUUUUGAGCUCAGUAAAGAAAUAAAGAAAGAUGUUUUUCUUCUUGUCGCACAUGUGUGGGACACUGAAAAAAUUUUGAGUCCCCACCAGGAAUUGAACCUUGGACCUUUGGAUUUGCACUUGUGACAAGAGGAAAAACAUCUUUCUCUAUUUCUUUACCAAGCUCAAAACUUGCCAUCUCUCUUAUUCUAUUUACAAACAUGAGGCUAUCGACAUUUCUGAUCCUAGAAGUAUAAAGGACGUGUGUCAUGAACUUUGUAAAAAAACAUCUUUCUCUAAUUCCCCAAUGUUCGUGUAGUUUCCAGAUAUUAUUCUCUGGAUUGAUUGUCAAGUAAUUCAGAUAUAAUUUUUUUCCAAAACAGCUGAGGGUCGUCUUAAUCCUAGUUCUGAAGUAUCUGGACCCUUCAGUAGAGGUAAUUCGGGCAAUUUAUAUUUAUCUGUAGCUUCUCAUCUGAAAGUACAAAUGAAAUAGGAUCAUAAUCAUUAGGAAUCACCUAUUGCUCUUGAUUAUUAUACAUUAUAAAUUUUGAAGCAAGAUUUUCACCCAGUCUAUGAGAAGCAUACUUGUUAUUAAUGGUUGUUCAAGUAAGGAAGUGUUUUGUUCAAUACUCAACUCUCUUUGAUUCAUAAAUCAAGAAUUACAAGGCUAUUAAAAAAAAAAACGUAGAGUGGAGAAGAAAGAAGCAAACAUUUGCCUUUUAAUGAUCUGGUUGGAAAAGAGACAAUCACAGAUCAAAUCUAUUGUUUGCUUUUUUUUUUUUAGAUGCAGUGGACUGCGAGUACAUAGAGACAGAAAGUUCUGAUACUGCACUUCUCACAGUGGCUUAUGUUAUGGCAGGGGUGUGUGGAUUGUGUCUGCUGCCAAUUUUUGUUCUCUUGGCUCAAGCUAGUUGUAAGAGAAAAAAACAGCACGAGCGACUUCCACAAAGUGAGACUGCACAUGAAGCAAGUGACACCGCAAACCUUAGAGAUGAUUUCUGAUAUAAUUUUGCAAUGAUGUUUCAGUGAUGACAGUACAUCAAUGAAAUUACUCCACCAUAUACAUGAAUGGGUUUAAGGACUGGUAAGACUUGCAUCAGUGGUUACUGGAAUACAUACCACCCUGGUUUCCAGGAAAUAUUUAGUUUGAGAACAAUUUCUUAACCUAAAAUGCUGCUUGGUAAACAAUGUUUUCCAAUAUUGAAGGUGCUAUUGGCUGAUCAUUACAAGCCACUUUGGUCAUGCUAUACAUGGCAAUCUAUAUGUAUGUACAUAUAUGAUAGUUUUAUCAAAUUAGAAUCAAUAAAAUGAAUUAUUCAUAAAAAGGGCAAUGAACAUAAGAUUUAUGAAUAGGUAAAAAUUUACACUUUGUGAUUUUAGAAUAUUUUAACCCUUUAACUCCCAAAAGUGAUUAACAUGUUAUUUCUCCCUAUAAUAUCUAAACGUUAUCUAACAAACAGGUCAUGAGAAUAUUCAAACUUAGCAGUUAGAAGUUAUCUUGAUCUAACACCAAAUGCUCCUAACUUAUUUACAAGGAAAUGUGUGGUGGCUAGAGGGGAGAAUUGACUAUCAGAUUGCAGGAGUUAAAGGGUUAAGGUCAAAAAUAUGAAGUACAACAGCUGCCACUAACUGAUUUCAACCACAAAUGUAGUGAAGAAUUACUUACUUUGGGUUGCAUUUUUGUAUGUAGUGAUGUGAGUCAAGUGUCACAUAUUAUAAUCUCAGUGCUUACAAACUUACUAUCUAGUGUUACAUAACACAGCCGAUUAUAAUUAUUUUAUUACUGCCAGCAUAUUUCAUUUCCACCAACCAAAAUUUUUUUAACAGUAAAAGUUUUUCAAACAAAAAGAGAAUUCUUAGUCAGUUUCAAAAGACUUGAGGUUCUAAGUUUCCCUUAAGGGUUAGAGUUUCCCAAUCUGAACUGUUAGUUAUAUAUAAAAAAGGAAUGUUGAAGGGUUAUAGUAAGUACUUAUUUAGUUGGAUUAGGUACUAAUGAUUGAAUACAUGAUCUCAUUAAUGUUUGUCCUAGUUCAUAAAUUCAAUAGAAAUGCUCAAUAAUAGUAGUUUAGAAGAUAUUGAUGAUGUUGAUGUCACAUGUUCGGAAAAAUCAAUAGAACAUCACAAUAUAUGUAGAGAGAGCAAGUCAUUUUUUAUUUGAAAUGCUAUUUUUUAAUAAAAAUUUUAUAAUAAAAUACAGUAC